UGGCUGUCAAAGGGCAAGGCUUGAUGCCUCGGGGUCACUAACAGCAGCAACUUUUCCCCGCAACCAAAACUUCGGGUAGUGGAGUGGCCCAGCUGAGUGACACAGUGACAAGCGAUAACGCCAUUCUUGGUGCAAAGCACAGCAGGGACUCCACCCAACCCGAUUUCGCCAUUCUUCGAGAAUCUUGCAACAAACCGCAUAGCAUAGCACCAUAUCGCAAACCCCCCAUCCAGAACCGCUGUGACCGCCACGCCCAGCUACAGCUCAAUUCUGUCGCUAGGGCAUCUUGGUAGAUCCUUUUUCGGCGAUAUAUUGUUCUUUUGCUCACAACUGAAACUGGUACCUGACCACUGCUCAGUCAUCAUCACCAACAAAACAUCGCCACUGGAACAACAGGUCUCUGCUUUUCUCUCUGUCUCUGCCUCUGACUCUGUGGAACCUCGCCCGAGACCCUGAGAUUGCGAAGCAGCUGUUGCGCAUUGCGUGCCACUGUGCCGUUUGGUUUCUGACGUCCCGAUCGCUUGACCGCCCCGAGUUCCGCCUGGUCUUGGGCGCAGCGCAGCCCUCCAACAGCACUCCUGGCCCAGCACGCAAUUUGCCCUCAGCCUGAUAGAUGCUGGCAAGCGAGCCCAAUGCCUGCUUGUCCCAUUUAACUUUCUGAAGACGCAAGGACCGCCGUUUGGUCGUGCCCCCUAUGGACCGCUCCUCUUCUAGCACGAUCGCCUAUGGUCGUCCACCGCAACCAGGCUACUCUCCCCUCCAGCAAGAUGGCAUUCAUCUCGAUCCAAAUGACGCCGGACCGGCUUACCUGCCAGUAGCAGAUCACACCACAACACCAAACAAAACCUCCGCUCCUCCCUCCCCCGUCGACCUCGACCAAGACGAGGAUCCCCAACCUACCGACGCCGACACCGUGACCCCAGACACUGCCAAAAGCUGCGAUCGUCUGCGGCCCGAGGAGGAAGAGAGGCUCCGUCCUCGAGACAGCAUGACGAACAUGUCGUCGUUAUUAAUAGGAAAGACGGUCACCCCCUUUCUCAGAGAACACAUCCCUAGUCUCUAUGCUCCCAUCGGCAAGCCAAACAAUGAAGAGACGGCUCGGGCCAAGAACCCCAACACCAGAUACUGCUACCGCCACCGGCCAGACUCCAAGUGUCGACGAGCUGCCGACGAAGCCAAGAUGAUUAUGAUCCAGAACGAGCUCGACAAGCUCACACCAGCAGAUCAACAAGCCAUCACCCACGUGUGGUCUCUAUUCUCUGCGGCCCCUGCCCGCCAUCGUGAGCUCAUGCUGCAAGGUGUCUUGUCACAGCUCUGCUUCCCCCAGCUUUCCCUGAUCUCGAGAGAGGUCAACGAGGCCCUCAAGAUCGACUUCAUCACUGCCCUCCCCGUCGAGCUAUCCCAGAAAAUUUUGUGCUACCUCGACACCGUCAGCCUCACGAAGGCUGCUCAAGUCAGCCAGCGAUGGCGCCAACUAGCCGAUUCGGAUGCUGUCUGGGUUUACAUGUGCGAGCAACACGUGAACAGGAAAUGCACCAAGUGCGGUUGGGGUCUACCUCUCCUGGAGCGCAAACGAUUGCGCAACUACACCCGACAACGCCAAAUGGCCAAGGACAAUUCGAAUGGCAGAAUCGAGGAGAUCCAUGAUUCGGAAACCAGCGUCGUUACCCAGAACGGUAAGCGACUAGCCGACUCGUCUGACGAUGAGCCAGAUGGAAAGCGCCGACGCGUCGACGAGUCCGAGUUCAAGCAGCGCAAGUGGAAGGAUGUGUACAAGGAUCGGUGGGAAGUUGGCUACAACUGGAAGGUUGGACGUUGCACCGUGCAUACUCUGAGAGGUCACACCAAUGGCGUUACCUGUCUUCAACUGGAUGACCACAUCCUGGCGACUGGUUCCUACGACGCCACCAUCAAGAUCUGGAAUAUCGAAACCGGGGAAGAAAUCCGAACGCUUCGAGGGCACACACGGGGCAUCCGCGCCUUGCAGUUUGACGACUCCAAGCUGAUCAGCGGCAGCUUGGACAAUACUAUCAAGAUCUGGAACUGGCACACGGGCGAGUGCAUCUCUACCUUGGCAGGCCAUACCGACGGCGUUGUCAGCUUGCAUUUCGAAGGCCAGCUGUUGGCGAGCGGCUCCAUCGACAAGAGCGUCAAGAUCUUCGACUUCAACUCCAAGGAGGCCUUCUGUCUCAAGGGCCACACCGACUGGGUCAACUGCACCCGGCUUGACACGGCUAGCAGGACAGUCAUGUCGGCAUCGGACGAUACCACCAUCAAACUAUGGGAUCUCGACACCCGGCGGGUUAUCCGGACGUUUGAAGGACAUGUUGGCCAUGUCCAGCAAGUCCUUCUCCUCCCGCCAGAAUAUGAACCUGAUGAUGAGCUGCUGAAUGGGCUUAGUGGUCCCGGCGACAACUCGGAUUCGGUGUCCGUUUCCAGCGGCCGUAGCGGGACUCCCACAGUUUCCUUCGUCCACACGGAUCGCCCUACCAGCUCACCUGCGCGUGAUGGCGAACUUAGGGCACUCUAUGGCGCUGGCUUCGAGUCUGAGACGACGCGCCCAUUACCGGCCCGUUACUUCCUCUCCGGUGGCUUGGACAGCACCAUCCGGCUGUGGGAUAGCGCAACGGGCAGGUGUUUAAAAACAAUGUUUGGCCAUUUGGAGGGUAUUUGGGCGCUGGCCGGCGACACGAUUCGCGUCAUUAGUGGAGCCAACGACGGCAUGGUCAAGUGCUGGGAGCCGCGGAGCGGAAAGUGCGACGCCACUUAUACGGGGCAUAGGGGUCCAGUAACGUGUGUGGGUCUCAACGACAGCCUCCUGGCGAGCGGGAGCGAAGACGGUGAAGUGCGCCUUUAUUCCUUCAAGGCUCCAAACUAGACGGCGUUUUCAACAGCCACGCCACGGGCCGCUUAGCGACAAGGCGACGGUGGGUUUUUUGUUUUGGUUUUUUUUUUUUUACUUUUUGGGAGGAGGGGCAC